CCCACAUGUGCAUCCGGUAUGUAUCCACGUCGGGUGAUUCUGUCCUUUCUUUAUUCGCACACUCAGUGUAAUCCGGCAAAACAAGAACCCCUUGGACAGCAGUGAUCUCAAAAAGACAUGUACAAUAUCUGCAUAGACCCCAAACACUAAUGCCAGCCCUGUUUCCUCCUUCUCCGCGUUGACAAGGUGGACCUUUUUUUAGGUAAAUCAUGAUCUAGACCCUUGCGUUAUGCCCGCCAAGGGAUUGGUGUGAGGUAAUAGUACUUAGAUAGUCAAAGAACUUCAUACCCAUCGAAUAUGAUGCCCACUGCAUGAACCUAGAUUGAGGUUGCUAUCGCACCCAAGGCACUCAUGCAUCUCUAGACCGGUCUAUUUGCCGCCACCAUCUGCCAACAUCCCCUUACCUCCAGAACUAUGUGCGAUCUAGUAGCGGAAGUAGAAAGUGUUCACACCCACAGCAGACCUUGGCUGACAAGGGUAUGCCUGCUGUCAUCAUCCACUUUGAUCUAUCUUUAUUUCUCAAUUUUGAGAGUCAUCCCAGUUUCCCAGAUACCAGUACUGUCUGCCCCCCCAAUCUACCAGGACUGCAGAUUUGUAUAUAUGAGGGGUGUGAACCUGAUGUUGGGCAGUCUUUUAGUAGUGUUUCAUACAUUUUGUCAAUGUUACUAGAAUGGGUUGUGGAUGUGACGAUUUGAGGUAUACAUAAGUUAUUUCUCGAUCCUGCAAUAUCAG